ACACUGUCGAGAGGUUUCCCUGGUGCUAGCUAAACAGCAUCACGACCUUUGAAGUGACUAACCCCGGUUGAAUGAAUGAAGUCCGGACACAGGUUUUAGCAUGUCAAAAUUGUACAUGAGUGCCCUGUGCCGCAUUUUAACUAGGAGAGUGUACUGCAGCCCGUCGUCGUGUUUAUCCGUAACGGGACUUCGGAAUUUUUGCAGCGGAGUCUCGACCGCUGACGGAGCCGCCAGCCCUGUAAAUUUGACCUACGAUGUGUUUGAUGGCAAAGGAGACAGCACGCCAUUGGUAUUUCUACAUGGCUUACUUGGGAGCAAAUCUAACUUUCACUCCAUAGCCAAGUCUCUGGUUCAGCGGACUGGCAGGAAGGUACUGACAGUAGAUGCUCGCAAUCAUGGCAAAAGCCCACACAGUCCUGUCUUCACCUACAAAGCAAUGACUGACGAUCUGACGCAUCUGCUUGGACAGCUGCACAUUGGGAAGUGUGUCCUGAUUGGGCACAGCAUGGGUGGCAAGGUUGCAAUGGCAACAGCUUUGUCACAGCCUAGUUUAGUUGACCGUUUGGUGGUUGUGGACAUUAGUCCCUCUCUGACUUCAGUCCAGACCAGUUUCUGUGCCUACAUUCAGGCAAUGAAAGAGGUGAAGAUACCCAGUAAUAUUCCACGUUCCACAGCACGAAGACUGGCUGAAGACCAGCUCAGGAAGAUAGUUAAGAAGCGCUCAGUGCGUCAGUUCCUCCUCGCUAACCUGGAGGAGCAAAACGGUCACUAUGGCUGGAUGGUUAACCUGGAAGCCAUCUCAAACCACCUAGAGGACAUCAUGGGUUUUCCUGUGUUUAAUACCACCUUUGAGGGUCCAACUCUUUUCUUGGGUGGCAGUAGUUCAGCCUAUAUAAGCUCGGAUGAUUACCCUGAAAUCCAGAGGCUUUUUCCUUCUGUCGAUAUCCAGUACAUCCCAGAUGCCAGUCACUGGAUUCAUGCUGACAAGCCUUUGGAUUUCAUCAGCUCCAUAAUAACCUUCUUAAACCCCUAGUUCUUGUCACAGGAGAGGAUACGUACAGGUGGGCCCAAUCGUAAAGGGACAGUGAUUGAAUUGGAAGGGUAUGGACCAAGAGUCCUAGUCCUUACUAGACACAACUGAAUCGUUACAUAAGUCCUCAUAGUUAGUCUAUUUUUUUUCUUAUGUGGUAUUUGCACUGUGGCUUAACAUAGUACAUUAAAUGCAGUUCUAUCAAGAGGAUAUAUAACUUUCAAUCAAGUAUAACAUUUUACAUAACAGUGGAUCCAGUGGCUUUAGGAAACAAUUUACUUUACCUUCAUUAUAUUU